CAGCUUGCCGCUCAAGUAACUACUUAGCCACCAUGCAUCACUCCCGUCAGCCCGCCCGCGCCGUCUCCGCCGGAGUGCGCGCUCGAGCUCGCAAGUACAACACAAGCACUAGCACUGCUACAUGUAGUAGCAGCAACAGCUACUCGGCUGUCAAUCUCGACGAUUCGACCUCUGCUGAAGCUCCAAUAGUCGCCGAGCAGGUGCCACUUUAUGAGCCGUCGUGGCACCGCACUGGACGCAGCUCCAUGGCCGCCGACGUGCGUAUCCCGAGCUUCCUCAUCCCGUGUUCGGCCAGCCAGCUCAUGGACGCGCGCUACAAGUCGCGCAAGUUCUCGGGUGCCACGACAGCGGACACCAAGGCCAUCAGUCCCGCGGCCUGAAAGCUGCUCCGUGGAAGAAUCUACCUGUAUGCAUCCUGUGUCGUGAAGAAGUCAACGUCGAAAGCCUAUUGUACACAACAACAACAAUGCACAUUAUUGCCUAAGAAGUUACAACAAAUGCAGACUAUUGCCCUUUGUCCACUG